GCUGAUGUUUUAGUUACUGUUGAGCAGCGCUUACUCCACGUCAAGGACACUUCAGUUUCCCAUGCUCUGCCAGUGAGCAGGUGCACAAGAAGCCAGGAGGGGACACAGCCAGGACAGCUGACCCAAACUAGCCAAAAGGAUAUCCCAUACCAUGGAACGCCAUGCUUAGUGUAUAAAAUGGGGGGAGUUGGCCAAAGCUGCCAGUCACUGCUCGGGGACCGGCUCAGCAUUGCGCAGCAGAAACCAAGCAUCUGGAACAAACAAAACACAGGAGUUGCAAAUCGAGCUGAGAAAGAUAUUGAGCAGAAGACAGAAGAGGAGCAUAUAUUAGAUAAAUCAAGGAAGAAACUAGAAGAGAAAGCAAAGCUCUAUGAGAAAAUGACAAAAGGCGACUUCCCAGAUGAAGAAACUGAGGAUUUGUACCUAGUGGAUUUCACUCAGAAGAUCAUAGAUAAACAGCACGAAGUGCAGGAACUGUAUCAGAGCGAAGCUGCUCAAAAGACUUUAGAAAAAGAAACAGAUGAUGAGGAAACUCAACCUGAAAUGGAAAUACCACCACCUGAGAACCCAGAUGAAGAAUGGGUUGAUUAUGUUGAUUUCCUGGGCCGAUCUAGACGCUGUAUGAAGAAAGAUUUGCCAGGUCUACUUAAAAUGGAUCAGGAACUUCAAGGGAAAAGACAAGGUCUUGAUGGGAAUACUCUUUUAUCUGAAGACAUGAGAAAAGAACUUCAGAGGCAACAGUGGGAAAAAGAAGAGGAAGAAGCCCUCAGAAAACCCAUGGGACCCAUUCAUUAUGAGGACAUUCGAGAAAAUGAGGCCAGGCAGCUUGGUGUUGGUUACUUUGCCUUUUCUCGUGACAAAGAACUUAGGAAUAAACAACGGGCAACACUGGAUAUGCUAAGAGAGCAGACACUUGAUCAGAGAACUAAACGUGAACAGUUAAAAGAAAAAAGGAAGGCAGCUCUAGAUGCAAGGCUGUCUAAACUUCGAGCACGGAAGAUUAAGAAGUUAAGGGAAGCUGGAUUAGAGGAAGAGGCAGAAAAAUUGGAGAAAGGAGAGGUGAAAGGUGUCACUGAGGAACCAGAAGCUCCCAGAGUUACUGCAGCAAGCAGAAAGGUAGAGGUUGUCAUCCAGGAGAGAAGAGAUACAAAGCCUGGAGUGCCUUAUGUCCGAGAGUGGGAUAAAGGCAAAGAACUGAUGUUUGGACAGUGGUCAAAGAAACAGGAAGAACUCAGGGAUGAGCGAGAUCCAGAAUUUGCACCACCUUCUGAUUACUUUACGGGACAAAAAAAGGAUGAUAAUUACAGAAGUCAGAAUUUGAACAGUCCUGAAACCUCAUCUGAAAAACUGGAAACAGAGAAAAUGCAAAACCAACAGACGCCAUCAGUGCAGGCUAACAGCAGCAGUGUUGAAGAUGUGCCACCGUCACUGCAGGCUUACAACAGCAAUGUUCAAGACGAGUCGGCAUCAGCAGAGGCCUGUGGCAGUGACACUCAAGAUGUGCCAUCAUCAGCGGAGGAUGACAGCAGUGAUGAUGAGGGUACGCUGCCAUCAGCACAGGCUUAUGGCUAUGGCGCUCAAGGUGGGCUGCCAUCCAUGCAGGUUUAUGGCUAUGGCGCUCAAGAUGUACUGUCAUCAAUGCAGGCUUACGGCUAUAGUGCUCAUGAUAUGCCAUUUCCAAUGCAGCCUUACGGCUACGGUGCUCAAGGUAUGCUGCCACCAAUGCACACUUACGGCUACAGCGGUCACGAUAUGCCCUUUCCAAUGCAAGCUUACGGCUAUGGUGCCCAAGAUGUGCCCCCAGGAAUGCAGGCCUGUGGCUGCAGCGCUCAAGAUGUGCCCCCAGGAAUGCAGGCCUGUGGCUGCAGCGCUCAAGAUGUGCCCCCAGGAAUGCAGGCCUGUGGCUGCAGCGCCCAAGAGGUGCCACCAGCAGCACAGGCCUGUGGCUGCAGCGCCCAAGAGGUGCCACCAGCAGCACAGGCCUGUGGCUGCAGCGCCCAAGAGGUGCCACCAGCAGCACAGGCCUGUGGCUGCAGCGCCCAAGAUGUGGCAUCUUCAGUGCAGACCAACAGCAGUGACACUCAAAAUCAGGAACCACUUUACCAAAGUUUAGAUGAUAUGCUGUCUUACUACAGACAAGUGACUUGAACUGAGCGAAAAAGAAAGCAAGAAUUAUGAUAUAAAGGACUGAAAUAGAAUUAUCUUCUUGGCAAGAAUGUGAUUUUCCCACAUCUGGGAAAAAAAUAUUCUGUAAGUAGAUCCAAAUAAAUCUCCUGGAGACCUAAGCUGUUUUACAUCA